CAUCCAUCCAUCCAUCCACCCCCUCCACCCCCUCCCGAUGGCAUUUGACGUAUAAAUUGUAGCUGUCUUGACAGCUUUUCUUCCGACAAUCCGGUCAAGAUCAAUUACUUCCUCACAUUUCCAAUUCCACCUACCCUUCCACUUUUAUCACACACACAAUGGUCGGCACUACUGUUAGCCCCAGCUGGCUUGACCGGCUGGAGGAUCAGGUUAAUGUCGAUGUCGACUGGAUGGAUCCUGUCUUCAUCCAAAGCCUCCCCAUCACUCCUCACGACAUGACCAGUAACCAGGUCCAUGUUCACGCACAAUUGGAGAAUCCUAUUCAUCAAGAUCUGAUCGCUGAGGUUGCUCGGGAAUAUAAGGGUCGUGACUGGCUCAGCAUCUAUACCCGCAUUGCUGUCCUACUGUGCAAGAAGUCCAUCGAUCACAUCUCCGGCCGCGUCUUGCUGCAGGUCUCCCCUUCCGAGGCGUACAACGGUGAAAAGGUCCUUGAGCAUGCCCGUUUGUAUGCCAAGGAGUUCGAGUCGGUGGGCAUUUCCAAGCACCGCUUCUGCAUCAAGAUUCCCAGCACGGGCCCUGCCCUGAGUGUUUGCCCCAUCUUGCAAGCGGAGGGCAUUCAGACCCUGGGCACCGCUUGUUUCUCGCUCGCCCAAGCCAUUGCGGCUAGCCAGGCAGGAUGCUUGUUUAUCAGCCCGUACUACAAUGAGUUGCGUGCGAACCUUGAUCUCAGUCUUUGGCCUAACGUGGAGGAUCCCGCCACGCAGCACCCCUUCUCGGCCCGCCUUGUUCACAUGCUGGAGACCUAUUGUCGCCUGUAUAAGGAAACUGGCAAGAGGCAGCCCCUCAUCAAGAACGCCAAUUUCAUCAGCGCCAAAGAGGCCUUCGCUCAGGGUGAGAUCGGUGUCGAUUCGGCCACUGUCUCCAAGGAAGUCCUAGAAGAACUCGCUAGGCUGCCUUACGAUGGCACUUGGCAGCCCGGCGUGGGCGGCGUCCCCAAGCCCCAGUACCCCGAGCACCAGAACACGGUCGCAACGCCCAAGCGUCUCCAGUACCUGGCCAGUAUCGACCCUCUCGUCGCCAGCUGGGAUGGCAAGCUCGCCAGCACAGACACCGACUACCUGGCGAACAACGGUGUGGCCCUGGAGGAUGCCAUCAAAGCCGACCCAAUUGCCACCGCGCGCCUUGGCGAUGCUCUCCAGCUAUUCAUCAAGGUCGAGAGCCAGAGCAAGGUCCUCAUUGAGAAAGCUAUUCUGGAUGUCUAAACGUCAUCUUGUCCCCUCUCAUGCUUUAACGGCCAGUUUCUUCCUGGGUAUAAUUAUAAUCUGACUGAAAUCAUCUAGAGCUUCGGCUUCAGUUCAUCAUCCCAAUAAUGCUGAGGUUGUAUACAAUGGCCCUUCCGUGUCAGGGCUCCGGGCUGAUAAGUUCAAGUUCGGGAGUUUAAAUAGAAAACCGAAAUCAUAGAGAUUGAAGUUAAUUUAUAAAAGUUAUAAGAGUUUGGAUGAAGGGAUUUG